AUGGCGGAUAUUCCAACAAUUAUGCCCGAUGUAGAGAAGCUGGGCUCUCAGCUGGAUAAACUGGAGGAUGCGCUUGAGCCUUUGCUGGGGAAUCUCAGCGAGAUGGCCUCACAGCUGCCAUUGCUGGAUCGGGCCAAGCUGUUUUCUCUGACGGCUUAUGCCAUCGAAUCAUUGCUUUUCUCAUCCAUCAAGAUCCAGGGGGGAGACGCGCAGAAUCACGCCGUCUACGCCGAGCUCAAGCGGAUUCAGCAGUACUUUGCAAAGAUCAAGGCCGCAGAGGAGCCGGAGACCAAGAGGACACUCACUGUCAACCAGGAGGCAGCCGCGCGCAUUCUGAAGGCCGAUCUGAGCGACAACAAGACGCUGAGCGCGAAGCUGGCCGAAAAGAUUGCCGAGGAACGCGCCAAGGCACUGCUCAAAGCCGCAGAGAGCAAGAAGCGCAGCGCUGAAGAGGCUGCUCAGCCCGCCAGCUCAGAACCCAGCGAGUCAUCAGGCCAGAACAAGAAGCCAAAGACAAAGGGCAAGAGCAAGGGCAAGAGCCGA